AUGUUUGCGUCGGUGUGUCGUCGCAGAGCUGCCGCGUACAAUUUGGCGGGUGAGCCAUCGGAUUCGAGAUUCGAGAUUCUCGUCGUUGUCGUCGUCGUCGUCGUCGUCGCUAUCAUCAUUACUCCUUCUUCACCCUCUCCACCUUCGUCUAUCGCGUCUCGUCCCAUCACAACAUCAGCAGCCAUGGCCGCCCGUUUCACCCCUCGUCUCUUCCAGCAGGCCACUCGUGGCUACGCCUCCCAGGCCGCCGUCCGAGCUCCCCGACAGCUCGAAGGUCUUCCCGGCAAGUACGCCUCGUCUGCGUACGUUGCUGCUCUCUCCAAGGACAGCAAGACGCUCGAGAAGGUCGAGGCCGACCUCAAGGCCGUUCAGGCCGCUCUCCUCGGCGCAGACGGUGCCAAGCUCCAGACUUUCAUCUCCAACCCCACCCUCAGCGGCGCUGACCGAACCAAGGGUCUCGACCAGCUCCUCUCUUCCGGCAAGGGCAAGGCUGACCCCAUCACUCACAACCUCUUCACCGUGCUCGCCGAGAACGGCCGAUUGGGAGACACCGAAAAGGUGAUCGAAGGUUUCCAAGACCUCAUGACCGCCUACCGCGGUGAGGUCGAGGUGACCGUCACCUCUGCUACUCCUCUGGACAAGUCGACCAUCUCGCGCAUCGAGUCGGCGCUCAAGGGAUCGCAGAUCGCCGCCAAGGGCAACGGCAAGACGCUCAAGAUCGUGCAGAAGGUCAACCCCGCCAUCCAGGGCGGUCUGGUCGUCGACUUUGCCGGCAACACGGUCGACCUCUCGGUCGCAAGCAAGGUCAACAAGCUCAACGCUUUGCUCGAGCAGGGUGUGUAA